GGUCCUCAGAAAUCCAGCGAUCUGUUUUAAAUAGCUGUAGAAAUCCUGAUCCAGACUAAGGAAACACUAAAUUUUUUGGUAGGUUGAUAUGUCUGUCCUAGGUCUGCGACCGGAUAGACCCGCACCAGAGUCUGAGGGUGUACGCCAGGAUUAUGACGAUGCUGUUGUUAUGAGAACAUCUCUUAAUUCGCUGUUUCAACAUAGUACCAAAAAUAAUCAUCCUAGGGGUAACACGUCAAGGAGAUCGUCCAUUGGAGCAGAUCUGGAAGAAUCCGAUUCUCAGUUUUCUUACAGCAAUUCUAGCAGUCCGCAGAGAAAAACAGAGGACCAGGAGGACAAUGACGACAACGACGACGACGGCAAGUAUUCCCCGAAGGUACAAAUCAUCGCGGCCAGGGGAGACAAUAUCAUAGCCGUGGCCAACCCUGCUCUGGCCAUGUCGCCGGCUAUCAUCCCACCGCUGACACCUAUCAAGGAGGUCAGGGAAAACUCACGGGACAGAGAUUGAUCGUAC